AUGAAAUUGCUGCUCGACUCCUCCUCAUCGCUCCUCUUCUCGCUGCUAUUGGCUCAGCUGCCUGUGUUCACGUCUGCCUCUCCAGUGCCACAGCGGCGGCCCACUGACAUGGACAGACUGUCCAAUCAGACCAAAAAUCUAAUGAAGCUCACCCAGGAACUGCUGAGGGAGCAUGCGUUUGACUCAGACGUGGAGCCCCACAGGUUCAGGUCCCUGCCAGAAAUGAGCAACAGAUCAGCCAAUGACCUCAACAAUCUUGAGCUGAAGCCCACACUCUCUCAGCUGCAUGCUGACCUGAAGCUGUAUGAGCACCACUUUGAGUGGCUCAACAAGGUCUCAAAGAAGCACCACCACCCGGCACUGCCCAAGCUGGCUGAGAUGAUCAGGGAAAUGAAAAAUCUCAUCAGUUUGCUGCACCGUCAGAUGCUGAGAGUUGAAGCGCCGAGGUUGACUCAGGCCACCCCCUCCCUCCCCCCUCACCUCACCUAUCAGUUUGACGUCCUGCAGUCCAGCCAUGAGCUCCUCCAACACUUUAAGCUCUUCUGUGACUGGGCGUAUAGAGCAUUCAUCAGUCUCAAGACCAAAGUCACUGUAGUACAAUGA